GGCUUCACACCCAUGUGCAAGGAGGUGGAGCCUCGUGCGGUGAUGGUGAUGCUCAACGAACUGUUCACUCGCUUCGAUGCGCUGCUGGACGUGUUUGGAGUGCGCAAGGUGGAGACCAUAGGGGACGCGUACUUCGUAGCGGUGGGGGCUCCAAGGCGGGUUGCCUCGAGCCAUGCGCUCAGCGUCAUUGGCUUUGCCAAGGCCAUGCUAUCCGCGGCCCGCCACGUAUCCAUGCCCACCGAUGGCCAGCCCGUUCAGAUCCGCAUCGGCAUCCACACGGGUCCCGCACUCAGCGGACUGCUGGGGAGGAGGAUGCCGAGAUUCUGUCUAUUUGGGGGCGCAGUAGCGACGGCGGCUCGAAUGGAGAGCACCGGCGUGCCGGGUGCCGUACACAUCAGCGAGGCGACGUACCGCCUGCUG